GUGAAUUCAAAUGGUGAAACUUGGAAACAGCAGAGGAGGUUUGCAGUGAUUACUUUGCGAAAACUGGGCCUGGGGAAGAAAAGUAUGGAGCGCCAAAUAGAAGAAGAGGCCAAUCAACUUGUUGAGACAUUUGUACAUGCAAAAGGGCAGCCAUUGGACCCUGCAUCAUACAUCAGAAAUUCAGUCACCAAUGUGAUCUCGGCCGUCACUUUUGGACACCUGUUUUCAGUUGAAGAUAAAGAAUUCCUCCAGAUUGUGGAAGCUGUUCAAAUUAUCUUAAAAUUUUCAGCAAGUAUUGUUUAUGUUCUGUAUGAAUUGUUUCCAAGGCUCAUGAACCAUCUCCCAGGUCCUCACAAGAAAGCAUUUUCAUGCUUAGCGGUGAUGAAUUCAUUUGCAAAGAAGGAGAUAGAAAAACAUAAGGAGAAUCAGGCCUGGCAUGAUCCACAGGAUUUCAUUGAUUUCUAUCUGCAUCAGAUGGAGAAAAGCAAGAAGGACCCUGCUUCUACAUACAAUGAAGAGAACCUGGUCCAGUGCAUCAUUGACCUCUUCAUCGCAGGGUCCGACACCACAGCCAACACUCUGCAUUGGGCGCUGCUCUUCAUGGCAAAUCAUCCUGACAUCCAAGAGAAAGUCCACAAAGAGAUAAAAGAUGUUUUGGGUUCCGUUCAAUCACUGAGCUAUCAAGAUAAGAAGAAAUUACCCUACACAAAUGCUGUGAUUCAAGAGGUUCAGCGUGCCCAAUAUAUACUCUUAUUUGGGGUCUCCAGGCAAUGCGCAAAGGAUGUAAACAUGUUUCAUUUUCUCAUCCCAAAGGGGACCUUUGUUAUUCCUGAUAUUUACUCAGUUCUUCAUGAUCCCAUUCAUUGGGAGACACCUGAGGCUUUCAACCCCAAUCAUUUUUUGGACAAGGAUGGCCUUUUCGUGGAAAAUGAAGCAUUUCUUCCAUUUGGUGCAGGGGCCCGUAUCUGUCCAGGAGAGCAGCUGGCAAGGAUUGAACUCUUCAUCUUUUUCACCAGCCUGAUGAGGGCAUUCAAGUUUCAGCUUCCAGAUGGAGUGAAAGAACUCAGUGAAGAACCUAUCUUUGGGUUCACAACACCUCCCCAUCCUUAUAAACUCUGUGCUGUUCCCCGAUGCAAUACAUAGUACUUUUCAUUUCACUUUCCUUAUUUUUCAAUUGGUCUGCAAGAACCAACCGUGAGCACACCUGCCCAGCUCAUUUCUAGAGACUGAAACCAAGAUCAUGUAUGAUUUCCAAAUAUAGUGUCUAUGUCUUAUUACUGUCUUUAGGGAGGUGUAAGAGCCAGGAAUUUUAGAACUAUGUUGUAUUCAGAUUUCUUUUUAUCCUUGUACAGUCUGUUGUGUUUCAGAUGAAGUGUGUGCUAUUUAUUUUCUUCCUAAAGUACUUUUCAUUUUUGGUGUAUUCAGUCUGACCUCUAUGACCCACCUUAAGCUCCGGAGCAUGUACUCAUACCAGUCAGCCCCAAAGUCCAGAUCUGGGUAGCUGAAUAGAGCCAUGUUGAGCUUAAGGAAGACCAACUGCCCAGCGUUCCAGUGGCUUUCAGUAAUCUCGUACAGUAUCACCUCAAAUCAGCAACAGUAUAAUAUUUCUUUCAUCAACAUAAACUAAAGCGAUACCUCUCACAUGUACAUAUAACACUUCCUAAAAGCAAGUUUAGAACUCAGGCACAAUUUCCAUCACAAACAAAGUGCACUUGUACAAAGUAGAGUGAAGUCUCUCACAAUGUUGGCAAAACAAU